AUGAUAAAAACUGCUUCAUCAAUUAUUAAUAGAGAAGUUAAAAUUAUUAUUAGUAGACUUAAAUCAACUAGUUAUAAUCAAUUAAUUAAUUAUAGAUCAAUGUCUCAACAAAUUUCAUCAAAUUCGACUGCUGGAAAUGGAACUGAUGAAGCAGUCGUUUUACAUUCAACUAAAAAUCAUGCAAGAAUUAUAACAUUGAAUAGAGUCAGAAAGUUAAACUCGUUGAAUACUGAAAUGAUUGAAUUAAUUACUCCAGAUUUAUUAAAUUAUGCAAAAGAAUCAGCAAAUAAUGUUAUAAUAUUAACUUCAAAUUCUCCAAAAGCUCUUUGUGCUGGUGGUGAUGUUGCUGAAUGUGCUAAUCAAAUUGUUAAAGGUAAUCCAGGUUAUGGUGCUGAUUUUUUUGAUAAGGAAUAUAAUUUAAAUUAUAUUAUUUCAACUUUACCAAAACCUUAUAUUUCAUUAAUGGAUGGUAUAACAUUUGGUGGUGGGGUUGGUUUAUCAGUUCAUGCACCUUUUAGAGUUGCAACCGAAAAGACAAAAUUAGCAAUGCCAGAGAUGGAUAUUGGAUUUUUCCCAGAUGUUGGUACUACAUUUUUUUUACCAAGAUUAGAUAAUAAAUUAGGUUAUUACACUGCUUUAACUGGUAGUAUAUUAAAUGGAUUAGAUGCUUACUUUACAGGUUUUGCAACUCAUUAUAUAAAGUCUGAAAAAAUUCCUCAAUUAAUUAAUAGAUUAGCAAAUUUACAACCACCAGAAAUUGCUGGAGAAAUUUCAUUAGUUAAAGGUAACACACAUUAUUUUCAACAAGUUAAUAACAUUUUGAAUGAAUUUAGUGAAAAACAUUUACCAAAUGAUUAUAAAUAUUUCUUAAGUGAUGAUGAAAUUGACUUAGUUAACAAAGCAUUUUCUCAAAAUAAUAUCAACGAAGUUUUGGACUACUUGAAAAAAGAUAAUUCACCAUUCGCUCAAAAGACAUUGAAAACAUUAUUACAAAAACCUAGAACUUCAUUAGCUAUUGGAUUUGAAUUAAUGAAUCGUGGUUUGAAAAACUCAAUUAAAGAACAAUUUGAAUUAGAAAUGAUUGCAGCAACUAAUAUUCAAAGAUUACCACCAAAAGAAAAUGAUUUUGCUAAAGGUGUUAUACAUAAAUUAGUUGAUAAAAUAAAAGAUCCAUUUUUUCCAAAAUGGAAUGAUCCAAGUAUUGUAACUCCAGAAUACGUUAAGAAUAUUUUAACAGCAAAUGAUGAUACAUUAAAAUUAUUAUCAUCUCCAUUAAUCAAAAAAUGGUUUGGAUUAGAUUAUAACGAUUACCCAUUAAAUUUUGGAUUACCAAGAAAUAAAGAAGUUGCAAAUUAUAUUGAAGGUAGUGAUGGAUCAAAUAGAACUUAUUUACCAACUCCAUCUGAAGUUUUUAAACAUUUUAAAUCAAAAUCAAAUGAUAAAUUAGGUAUUGAUAUUAAGAUUAAACAAAUUUUAGAUUUACAUGGAGAGACUGCAAAAUAUGACAAUAAAUACGUCACAUGGAAAAAUUGA